AUGUUCUGGGAUCCACUCUUUGACCGCAUAUCAGAGCUGUCAGGCGCAGGCGCAGACCAGUGCAAGCUCAUCGCCGCGCUCAUCAUCUCCUUCCCCCUCGCUUCCAUCUACGUCCGCAUCCCAGCCAACCGCCCCAAUGUCGCCCACUGGUUCUCGAUCAUCACGAGCACCAUCUUCCUAUGGCCUCUCCUUGGGCUUGGACAGGGGCUGCUCGAGCUGCUGUUCAUGAGCGUUGUCACGUACCUCAUCGUCGCCAGUGUGCGCGGGCCCAACAUGCCGUGGAUUGCGUUUUUCUUCGUCAUGACCUGCAUGACUAUCACCCACGUCCGCCGCGCAUUUGGCCACAUCUCCGUCGAGCGCAUUGAGAUCUCUGGCUCGCAGAUGGUCCUCGUGAUGAAGCUCUCCACCUUUGCGUGGAACGUAAACGACGGUCGCCGCAAGAUUGAGACUCUCGACGAGAGUCAGAAGGCGACACGCCUCGCCAAGCUUCCCAACCCCCUCGCGUUCUUGGGCUACUGCUUCUUCUUCCCGUCCGUGCUCGUCGGCCCGUCGUUCGAGUACGUGUCAUACGAAAAGCUGCUCAACAAGACCAUCUACGACGUCACCCCACCCCCCGGUACCCCCGCUGCCACAGACAAGUCCAAGCGCCGCACGCCCAAGGGCCGCCGCCGCGUCGCGGUCUUGCACUUCACCCUCGGUGUCGUGUUCCUCGCGUACUAUGCGGUCAUGGGCGACCGCGGGAGCUACCAGCGCGUCAUCGGCCCAGACUGGCCGACCUGGAGCCUCCUCACACGCUUCGGGUUCGUGCAGUUCUGCGCGUUCUGCGUGCGGACCAAGUACUACGCCGUGUGGAGUCUGUCUGAGGGCGCGUGCAUCCUCACGGGCAUCGGGUUCAACGGCUAUGGUCCUCGCACCGGGCGCACGCGUUGGAACAGGGUGCGCAACAUCGACAUUGCGGGUAUUGAGGGCGCUGAGAGCUUCAAGCAGCUCUUUGACUCCUGGAACUGCCGCACCAACGUCUGGCUCCGCGACUGUGUAUACAAGCGCCUGGUGAAGCCGGGAAAGAAGCCCGGCGCGGCACAGAGCAUGGCGACGUUCGUCACCUCGGCAUUCUGGCACGGCAUCGCGCCGGGUUACUAUCUUGCCUUUGUCACCGCCGGCAUGGUGCAGUACGUCGGCAAGCAGUUCCGCCACCUUGUCCGCCCCUACUUCCUGGCCCCCACCGACCCCGCUGCCGCCCUCAAGUUGCCAAAGUGGCACUCGCAGCCCCUCGCCAAGAGGAUGUACGACAUUGUCGGCUGGUUCCUCGUCCAGAUCAACCUCAACUACCUGGUCGCGCCCUUCCUCCUCCUCGAGCUCAAGCCCAGCAUCAUGGCCUGGCACAGGAUGUACUGGUACACGCACGUGCAGAUUGCACCCUUCCUCACUGUGAUGAGGUUCGGCACGCGGCGUUGGCUCCGUUCGGGCCUCAAGCCGCGGGAGAAGAAGGUCCCCGAGAUGCCCAUCCCCGAACUCAAGCUCUCCCCUCCAACGCCGGACGAGUUCCGCCGCCCCGAGGGCGACGAGGACGGACCGGACAACGACGUCGAGUGGGUCAAAUACGACCUCAACACGCAUGCGCUCGAGGAUGGAGAGGCUAUCGAUAUGGACGGUGGUCUCAUGGACGAAGUGCUUACCAAUCUGGAGACGAGACCUAGCACGCCGCACGCAAACAAGGACGAGUAG